UCUCUCUUGAAUAAUGACAGUUACUCCGCCUUUUCUGGGUCAACGUUUCAAGAGGUUGGCAUUAAUUAUCGUAAAACACAACCUUUCCCCUUAGAAACCCCGCAGACGGCAUUCAUCGAAGAGUGUAUGUGUGUGUGCGUAUAAAAAAAAAAAUCCAAAGGAGAUUUGACAGCAUCUAUUGACCCACUGCAAGGAAAGACAAAAUGGUUUCUCUAUUUAUAAUCGGAAUUGCUACUUUUUCUGUGUUCUUCUCAGGAGUGUCUUCAGAAUGUAACAUGGGAGAGAUGACCAAAUGUUUUGCGGGGGUUGAUAUGUCAAGUAUGGGAUCAUUGGAUUCAUUGUCAGCUCAAGAUUUACAGGCCUUGUGCGCAUCGAUUAGAGGGGUGAAAAGCUGUAUUGAGCCAUACAAAAGUACCUGCGCAUCAGAUUCAACCUUUCAGUCGAUGAUGAGCGGUAUAUCUAUGGCUGAUAGUUAUUGCGGAGAUUCUGGCUGCAAUUUAUUGAAAUGCUACUCUGAUGCCGGAAUAAAAAUGGAUAAUGAUGGAGGUGACUCACCACCAAACAUAAGCUGUGGGGUAUAUAGGACAUUCAAAACCUGUGUAGAAAGCCAGGAAAAGGGCUGUCAGCAGAACCCAGCUUACUCUGAUCUUCAGAAUGCUCUGAAGCAAACGGAAAAAGAGUGUGGCUCAUCAGGUGGCAGACUCUCAGCUACCCCGGCCUUAUGGAUGGUUUUCUCAGCCGCAAUGAUGGUGUUAGCGGCCAUUUUUCCAUAAACCAACAAUUUAGGUACUCAUUGCUUAGUAGACAUCAUUCAUUCCAGGUGUGAAUUAUUGGAAACAACAGAAAGGAGACAAGAUCAAAAUUUUAUCCAGAGUUAUGCGCCUUCAUUGCUAAGUGACUUAUUUUUCGAAAAUACAUGUGUGAUUUUUAUUUUAUUGGAAAGAUUAAUGCAUAAGAAUGUGUUCAAGUUUAUAGGAUACAAUAUCUGUUAUUGAUAUAUUUCUUUUAAAAAGUAUAUAGAGAUAAAUUUGUUUACUGAAAUUACUGUUGAUAACAGAUUUUGGUUUGUUGCAAAACUGAUACAAUGAUGAAGAUGGUAACUUUUUCUUUGUAAAAUUGUAAAAUUGAGUUAAUUUUAAAUAAGAUAAAUUGAUGAAUAUCUCAAAGAUUGAAGCCAUUCAUGAAAAUGUGUCCAUAUGAAAGGCGCAAGAGAAUUUGUUGUAUAAGGUGUAUAAAUGUAUGUAAACUUAUAACAUAAAGCACAACCGUGCUUUUAUAGAUAAGUAGAUUUCAAUCAAAAGGUCUGGAACUGUUAGACACUUUAGACUGCCAAAAAACAAAGAACAACAGAAAGAAAACAUCAUCAAAAGUUUUUUUUAUUGUCACGAAAUUUUUUCUAGAACAGUAAAAAUUCCUCGAUAGAAUUUGAUUCUAAUUGUGUAUUCUUUUGAUUUGCUGUUUAGAACGAAGUAUUUAGAAACUCAAACAAUACUCACUUUAUUAUAAAUGCUUCUCCAAUCUUCACAAAUCGAACAUAACAGUGGCCUUGAGAGAUAAAGACUUGAGUGCACUUUUUUGAGAAGCAGUUUGCCAUGAUUUUGAACAAAGUAAAAAUUAAAUGAAUUUAAAAAAAUACAUGUAGCCUUCGCUAAAUGCUUAAAUUUGAUUCAGGUAAAUACUGUCCUUUCUUACCGUUUGUCUACAAAUCUACUCGUCAUUAUAUUGAGCUGUGGAUUUUAAGAAAUAUGUAUGCAUGAGUCGUGUAUUCAGUGUAUAUUGUUUUUUUUAAUUGUAUGUGCUUAUAUGUCAUAUUAAGAUUGAAAAAAAAUUUGUCUUCCGUUUAGGAAAUAAUUAUAAAGAUUAUAAGGUAGUGGAUAUUCUUUUAUGUAAGUCUAGUAUAGAAAUGUAUAAGGAGAUUAAAUGAAAAAGUGCUA